UCCCCCUGGCUGGGCAGCCCUGACCCUUGAGCCGGCUGCGACGCCAACCCGCUGGCAUCAGAGAGCGAGCCCCUGUUUACCCGCCCCGCAGAUUGGCCGGCGGGGCAAAGGGGCUCGGAGCGGGUGGCCCUCGGCUCCGGUGCUGGAUCCCUUCUCCGGGCACCAUGGGCUUCCCAGCCAGGCUCCUGGUCCUGUUGUCCAUAGGGGCCCUGCUGUACCAGCCGAUAAUCCACGGGGACUCAGCCAAGGACGGUCACUGCUUCCUGGUCCUCCCAGGUGAGGAGGGGGCCCUGAAUAUCGGCCGACACUGGGGGGACGCCACCCCGGCAGCCACCAUCUUCAUCGACCUGCGCAAGGUGACCAGCGCCGCCUCGUCCUUCGAGUUCCGCACGCUGGACCCCGAGGGGGUGAUCUUUUUCGGGGACAUGGGGGACCACAGCGACUGGUUCGUCCUGGGGCUGCGGCGAGGGAAGGCCGAGAUGCAGAUCAGCAGUGUCAUGACCAACAUCAGCGUGCGGGGCGGGCAGCGGCUGGACGACGGACAGUGGCACCGAGUAUGGGGGAGUCGGGGGGCUCCCAUGAGGGGUGGGG